AUUUUCUCUCCUAAUAUGUUUAUACGUUAAUAAUAAUAUUACGUUGAGUCAAUUACGUUUAACAUUAUUGCUACUCUAAGAGAGUUAAGCAACGCAAAGUCAUUCAGUAAUAAUGGAUUAAUUCACAGAUGAUUGAAAUGAAACGAUGUAAGUAAUAUUUGAAAGAAGCAAGAAAAUAAUUGUUGAACGUACCAUAUAAACCAUAUCAGCUAGAAAAUCCAAUCCAAUAACCAUGAAAGCAUGCAAAAAUAAAGAUAUCAAUCGAUUAGAAAAAUAAAAUAAUCGUUGCAUGGGGUGAACUGAAUAAGUGCCAAUUGAUAGCCAAGUUUCCUCACAUAAAAUUUUGUUAGGUCAGUCUGCCAGUUUACAUUGAGUUGCAUAUUUUUUUAUCUGAUUCAGGGCAAAAAUUGUUAUUUUAGAAAAAAUUUAUUAAUACAAUCAAAAUUGGAUAAGCUUUAGAAGUUUUAGUGAAAAAUUUUGCUCCUGAAUAACAUAUUUCACAAGAGUUCCAAAUCGUAUUUACGAUGUCUCUGACGCUCGCUCAGACUGCGUCAGCUUCCGGUUGACUAGUACAUACAUAGUUAUUCUGACUAGAAGAGAUCAUCAAGUGAACAAAAGACAAAGGUUUAAUCAAUCAUAAAGACUUCUUUUUGCCUUUGAAACAUUAACUUUAGUAAUCUUUUUUCUUCCCUUUAACAUGGCUCAGACAACAUGGUCCAAAGUUAUUCUUAUUGGUGAUUCGAUAACUCAGACAACAUGGUCCAAAGUUAUUCUUAUUGGCGAUUCAAUAACUCAGUUUGCUUUCUUUGCUGAACAAGGAUGUUGGGGAACUAUGUUGGCUAAUAAAUUACAAAGAGUAAGUGAUGUGAUUGAUCGAGGUUUCAGUGGUUAUACCACAAGGGCUAUUCGUGCAAUACUACCUGAUAUUUUAACCAAAGAUGAUUAUGAAAAGGCUGCUUGUUUUGUGAUACUUUUAGGAUCAAAUGACUGCGUUGAUAACACAACCUUUAUACAUGUUCCGCAAGAACAAUACAAAGAUAACUUGAAUUGGAUAAUAAAUUAUAUUAGAAGCCAGGGUGUUUCUACCGAUAAAAUUAUAUUGAUGACUCCUCCAGUUUAUCAUAAUGACGAUUUUGCUAAAGCAGAAGGUUAUCCACCAAACAUGCCUGUACGACAUCCAGAAGGAUAUGCUGAAAUUUCUAAGAAAGUUGCUGAGGAGAAUCAAGUAGAAAGUCUUGAUUUGUAUUCCAUCACAAAAAAUCAUCCAGACUCAAGAUCUCUCCUGUACGAUGGUCUUCAUCCUAAUAAGGCUGGAGCAAAAGUUAUUUUUGAUUCUUUAUGGCCAUUGGUGCAUAAGCGUAUUGUUGCUUUCCAUGGUACAUUUACACAGAAGUUUCCACCCUUCUAUGAAAUGGAGAAAUCUUUGAACAAAGACUGGAAAAAUUGAGCUUAAUCGGACUGGUACUGAUCUUCAAGUUAUCUGUGACAAUAUCAAUAAUAACAUUUAUCGAAAUUGCAAUUUGAACGGACAAUUAACAAUUUUGGGAGUAUUAACAUGAUUUUUCUAAUUAAAAUGAAAUAUAACUAAA